AAAAAAGCCCCCUGCAAACCCUGGCCAUCCUGAAACAGCCCUCCGCCUCGCUCCCUGACGCCUGAGGCCCCGUGCCGGCCUUCUCAUUCACCUCCUCCGCUUCGCUCGAGCGGGCAGCCGUCGACCCAUGGAGAAAGCCCACGGAAUAUUUUCUGAUGACUUCGGGGGCUUCAUGAGGCCUCGCAGCGAGCCCCUGACUUUCUCAGGCAACCCAGCAGGCCGCGCUGGUGGGAUGGGGAACAUCAAGACUUUAGGGGACACGUACCAGUUUGCGGUGGACGUCAGCGACUUCUCCCCCGAAGACAUCAUCAUCACCACGUCGAAGAAUCAGAUCGAAGUUCACGCGGAGAAGCUGGCAGCUGACGGGACCAUCAUGAACACCUUCACCCACAAGUGCCAGCUGCCAGAAGACGUGGACCCCACCUCCGUCACCUCGGCCCUGGGCGCCGAUGGCAGCCUGACCGUCAAGGCGAGGAGGCGCCCCGGCAAGCAGCCAGAGCACAUCCAGCAGACCUUUCGGACUGAGAUCAAGAUCUGAGGGUCCU